UACAAUUGCAAUUUUUGAAUUGCAAACUCUUUGUAAACUCUUAACUUCGUAAGCAUAUUGAGCCUUCGAAUCAUCGACCCCUUGAGAAGAGGUAUCGAGGACCAGAAGGAUCCUUCCCUAAUUCGACACGAGCAUAUUGAGCCUUCUAAAUCUUCACACACAAUUCCUAAGACAGCCUCCAAGAUAAUGUGAUUACAAUGUGAAUACUGAAAUCCACAAAAUAUCUAUAAGAUGAGUUGCACUGUUAACAUUGUUAAUAGCAUGGUUUAGUUGAUACUUUGGCUAUGUAGGUCCCAUGAAAACAAAAAAGUGUCUAUGACUAUGAGUGUGACAAAGCGCGUGCAGAUCAAGGAGCGCAACAUUAAUGGCUCAUCAGUUUCAAACGUAUUUUCCUGUUCCCUGUCACCACUCUUCCCUCCCUCCCAUUCACAAAAACGAUCCACAAUUUCACAAACACACAUAAUAGCAAACAUAAUAACACUCUCAGAAUAAGAAAGAGAAAGACUCAGUAACCUAGCUCCAAAGAAACUUCAUCCACCUCAACGACCCUCUACUUUCCCUCACCUUUCUCCUCCAUCUCCAAAACAACCUCUUCAUCUCACACAUUCUACUGUCAUUUCCACCUCUUCCUUCUUCUUUCUCCUUUUUUCUUGAGAGGUAUAAUACUUUAGCAUAUAUAAUAGUAUUAAAUUAAUUAUUACUCCGACUCAAAUUCCUUGUUAUUGGUACUACAUGUUUGAUUCGUUCUCUUUUUUUGGAAGAUGAAAAAUCUUUGAAAUUAUGAUUGUCAAUUGAUUCAAAUGAUGAAGUUAGAUACACUAAUUACUUGCAUUUUAGUUUUAGUGCGGCGACGAUGUUGACAAGGCUAUAAUUAUUGUUUGUUGCUGGUCCAUGAAGUGUAUAUCAUCAUACUAGUACUUGAGUAAAAGGGAGGAAACCAAACCACUAAAUAUUUUUUUUGAGUUAAUGCUAAAUAUAAUACACUACUAAUUAUUAUUAUUAUGCUGCAUGUUUUUAUUUAUUUCAUUUUUUUGGGUUUUUAAUUUGUUAGGUGGUAGUGGAGUUAGUUUAUUUGGAGUUUCUUUGAAGGGAUAUUAUAUGUGGUUUGUUUGUUAGAUGUUUUUUUGAACUUGAAUCAAGGAUCCAAUGUGGUGGUCAACUAAUCUAAUACAAAGUACAAGCAAUAUGUUCUUUUUAUGUUAUAAAUCAAAUUCCUCAUUGUGUUACUUUUUUUUGCAGAUUGAUAUUGCAGGAGUUGUGGGUCAGGAGCAUUAAAGAACAAUUGCUUUUUCAUCAGAUAGAUAUUGAAACAUGCAGACUCAAAAAGCAAGAAAUGGUACUUCAGGCGCGCCGCGGAAGAAAUCACCUUCAAAUCCCCGGACUGCUCGCAAAACGAAAACACCAGGAUCUGGUUCUUACUCCGUUCCAUCGUCUCCGAGUCCAGCAAGUAAAACUCCAAAAGAUAGAAGCCCAAGUGUGAACUCAACACAAAGUUCAAUAUCUGAGAAUGGAACAAAUACGGUCCAUGAAUUGGAGUCGCGGCUAUCUCAACUCGAAGAAGAUCUAAAGAAAGUUAAGGAACAACUUACCUCGACGGAAUUAUUGAAGACGAAAGCUCAGCGUGAGGCGGAAGAUGCAAAGAAUAGGCUUUUAUCCAUGUCAAGGGAGUUGGAGGAAUCACAGCAACAGCUUAUGGAACUAUCUAAUUCUGAAGACGGACGGAUUCAAGAACUGCGUAAAGUUUCUCAGGACCGUGAUCGAGCGUGGCAGUCUGAGUUAGAAGCUGUCCAUAAGCAGCACGCAAUGGAUUCGUCUGCUUUAGCAUCUUCCAUGAAUGAAAUCCAGAAACUGAAAAUGCAGCUUGAAAGAGCGCGCGAAUCUGAAGCUACUCAGAUUGACAAUGCCGAGGCAGCUGAGGCUGAGAUACAAGAAUUGAGGAUGGAGCUUGAUGAAACAAUGUCUACUAUUGAAAAGCUGAAAAAUGAGUUGAGCCAAUGUAGAGAAUCUGAAUCACAGGCUUUGGAAAUAGUUGGCAAAACUCAAAUGCAAUUGGAUGCUGCAAAUAAGACAGUGGAAACGCUCCGAUUAGAAGGUGCGAAAUCAUCAGAAGCUUUCCAGUCCUUAGCUUUAGAGUUGGAGCAAUCAAAGGCUCGUGUACAAUCAUUGGAGGAACUCGUGAGCAAACUUCAGGAUGAUUUGGCCAGUGGAACCGGUUUAUCUCCUCGCUUACCUGCAUUGGAAGUUGUAGAAAAUGAAGAGAUAAACCGGCUCAAAGCCGAGCUUGUCUCGGUUAAAGCUGAAGCAGGGAAUCUAAAAUCUGCAUUAGAUGUUGCCGAGGUAAGUUAUCAGGACGAGUAUAUUCGAAGCACAUUGCAGAUUAGAAGUGCCUUUGAACAACUCGAGCAUACAAAAUCAGAAUCUAAUAAAAAACAAGCUGAAUUAUACGAGGAAUUGAAGAAAGCUAGAACUGAUAUCGAAAAGUUAAAGGCGCGCUUGAUUGACAAUGAAUCUCAUUUGCAAGAUAAUGAUGUGGCCGAGUUGAAGGAAAAAUUGUUGGAGAAAGAGACAAAGCUAAAAAAUGUAACUGAAGAGAACAAUACACUCAAGAUGGAAAUAAAGGAGGAGAUAGAGAGGAACAAAACUACAUAUGAGGCUGUUGCUUCCGCGGAGGCAGCAAGGGCCGCGGAGCGAGAGGCAUUGACAAAACUUGGCUACAUAACAGAAGAAGCUGAUAAUAGUAACAGAAAGAUAGCAGAGGUAACUGAGGCUUUAGAUGCUGCGUAUGCGUCGAAUUCGGAGUUAGAGGCUGAAUUAAGGAGAUUGAAAGUACAGUCAGAUCAGUGGAGGAAAGCAGCCGAAGCAGCUGCUGCUAUGAUUUCUUCAGGAAACAACAAUGGGAAAAUUGGGGAGCGAACCGGUUCUCUUGACAGUGGCUACAACAAUUCUACUACUGGUAACAAGACGAGUUCGCCUUAUUCAGAAGGCACUGAUGAUGACUCGCCUAAGAAGAAAAAUACAACCGUGUUGAAGAAGAUUGGAGUUUUGUGGAAGAAGAAUCAUCAGUAGAUAGAUAGAUAUAUACAAGGUUGUGUAACUUUCAUUGUACUUGUUUGCUUUCUAUUGUUUUUUGUUGUGUGUCCUCUGGUUUGAUCACUAUUGAAGCAAUCCUUGGGAAAUAUUUGCCUCAAGAAGUUCAUGUAACAAAUAUUUCUAAGAUACAUUGUUUUGAUCAUAAGUUUUUUUAUUUGUAACUAAUAUUGUUAGUACUGUUUCCAUUGAUGGUUAGGUUGCAAUGAUGUAAUUAUCAAUCACAUUCAGUAUUAGUGAUGUUAUA